AUGGAAUACAAUCUUCGAUGUAAGAUUAUGGAACUGGUGUGGAACGCAGACCUGCAUGUAGCAACUUCUCUUCGCCUAUCAGAUCCCUGGUCAACGACUGCCUGUCAUCAGCGAGUCAUUUUCGGUCAGCCAUUGCGAUACUGGGCGGCCGCUGGAGGCUCCCACGGCGACUGCUCUGAGCAAGGAGAGCUGUGGCGGAGGUUGAGGGCAAGGGACUGGUCUGGGAAAGGCCUUGCUCUCCUCCCUCGGCGGAGCGCCGUGUCCUUGCGGGGGAGGGCCGAAGGGACACCUGUGGCAUACGAACGCCCAUGUAAUGGCAGCUUCCUUGGCAUAGCUGUGGCUCAUGUCCGGCCAGGUGGCUCCAGCAACAGCUUACAGCGCUCGAGUGAAUGUGUGAAUGAUUGUCUCAGAAAUAUCCUUGAUACAUUAAUUUUUUUCUUUUGCAAACCAAGACUAACACCUGGCAAAUAUUGUCUUCGCCCCAUUAUGCAAGGGUUGAGAAAUACCGACCCAAGACUCUGCAGGACUUGAUAUCACAUGAAGACAUCAUAUCCACAA